UCCAGAGUGUGGAUCAAAGAAAGGGAGGGGAACAGUCGGUAGUCAGCUUAUAUAUGAUUAAACAAAAUUAACUCGGCUUUAAAGACAACCGACAGCAGAGGUCCCUGGACUAUCGCCUUCGGAGACUUUCCGGUCACCGUUGGCGGCCUGACCAGAGUCGUGGUGACAAUUUAAAGGCUGUUCCUGCUCACAAAGCGGCGUGCCGAGGAAGGACGCGUCUCUUUGAAUAGACAGGAUGCACGGACCGCCCUCCGGCGACAGCGCAUGCCCAUUGCGCACGAUCAAGAGAGUUCAAUUCGGCAUCAUCAGCCCAGAUGAACUUAAACGGAUGUCCGUCACAGAAGGGGGAAUCAAGUACCCCGAAACAACAGAAGGAGGACGUCCGAAACUUGGUGGCCUUAUGGAUCCGAGACAAGGGGUCAUAGAGCGAACUGGGAGAUGUCAGACAUGUGCAGGCAACAUGACUGAAUGUCCAGGCCACUUUGGCCACAUAGAACUAGCAAAACCAGUUUUCCACGUUGGCUUCAUAUCCAAGAUUAUGAAGGUUCUUCGGUGUGUCUGCUUCUUUUGCUCCAAGCUGCUAGUGGAUUCAAACAAUCCCAAGAUCAAAGACAUCCUCGCAAAAUCUAAAGGACAACCCAGGAAGCGUUUGACACACGUCUACGAGUUGUGCAAAGGAAAAAACAUCUGUGAAGGCGGAGAGGAGAUGGACAACAAAUUUGGAAUGGAGCAGCAGGAGACGGAGGAGGAUCUCACCAAGGAGAAGGGUCACGGGGGCUGUGGACGCUAUCAACCACGCAUUAAACGCUCUGGCUUGGAGCUGUAUGCUGAGUGGAAACACGUUAAUGAGGACUCACAGGAGAAGAAAAUCUUGCUGAGUCCUGAGCGUGUGCAUGAGAUCUUCAAGCGCAUCUCAGAUGAAGAAGACAUCAUCUUGGGCAUGGACCCCAAGUUCGCCCGACCAGAGUGGAUGAUUGUAACUGUGCUGCCUGUGCCUCCACUGGCUGUAAGGCCUGCUGUAGUGAUGCAGGGCUCAGCUCGCAACCAGGAUGACUUGACCCACAAACUGGCCGACAUCGUCAAGAUCAACAACCAGCUUAGAAGAAACGAGCAGAGUGGUGCGGCUGCUCACGUCAUAGCUGAAGAUGUGAAGCUGCUUCAGUUUCAUGUUGCCACUAUGGUGGACAAUGAAUUGCCAGGCUUGCCAAGAGCGAUGCAAAAGUCUGGCCGCCCUCUCAAGUCCAUAAAACAGCGUCUAAAGGGGAAGGAGGGGCGAGUGCGAGGUAACCUGAUGGGGAAGCGUGUGGACUUCUCAGCUCGAACCGUCAUCACCCCAGAUCCCAACCUGCAAAUCGACCAAGUGGGCGUACCACGAUCCAUUGCUGCCAACAUGACCUUCCCAGAAAUAGUCACACCUUUCAAUAUAGACAGAUUGCAAGAACUGGUGCGACGAGGAAACAGCCAGUAUCCCGGAGCCAAAUACAUCAUCCGCGACAAUGGAGACAGAAUUGACCUGCGAUUUCACCCAAAACCAAGUGAUCUUCAUCUGCAAAUUGGCUACAAGGUGGAGAGACACAUGUGUGACGGUGACAUUGUCAUUUUCAACCGACAACCUACACUACAUAAAAUGUCCAUGAUGGGGCACAGGGUGCGGAUUCUGCCGUGGUCCACAUUUCGACUCAACCUCAGUGUCACCACGCCCUACAAUGCUGACUUUGACGGCGAUGAAAUGAACCUCCACCUGCCACAGUCCCUGGAGACGAGGGCAGAGAUUCAAGAGUUGGCCAUGGUGCCUCGUAUGAUCGUCACACCGCAGUCCAACAGGCCCGUCAUGGGUAUCGUGCAGGACACUCUGACUGCUGUUCGCAAAUUCACCAAAAGGGACGUCUUCUUGGAGAGGGGUGAAGUGAUGAAUCUCCUCAUGUUCCUCUCCACCUGGGAUGGGAAAAUGCCUCAGCCGGCCAUUCUCAAACCUCGUCCUCUGUGGACUGGCAAGCAGAUCUUCAGUCUUAUCAUUCCAGGACACAUUAAUGUGAUCCGCACACACAGCACCCACCCUGAUGACGAGGACAGCGGUCCUUAUAAGCACAUAUCACCCGGCGACACUAAGGUUAUAGUGGAAAAUGGCGAGCUGAUCAUGGGCAUCCUGUGUAAGAAGUCCCUGGGAACAUCAGCUGGCUCCCUCGUCCACAUCUCCUACCUGGAAAUGGGCCAUGAUAUCACCCGACUCUUCUACUCCAACAUUCAGACAGUGGUCAACAACUGGCUGCUCAUCGAGGGCCAUUCCAUUGGUAUUGGUGACUCCAUUGCUGAUGCCAAGACGUACCUUGACAUCCAGAAUACGAUCAAGAAAGCCAAACAGGAUGUGAUAGAAGUCAUUGAAAAAGCGCACAACAAUGAGCUGGAGCCGACCCCUGGUAACACACUGAGGCAGACCUUUGAGAACCAGGUGAAUCGCAUCCUUAACGAUGCUCGAGACAAAACGGGAUCCUCUGCCCAGAAGUCUCUGUCCGAGUACAACAACUUCAAGUCCAUGGUGGUGGCUGGAUCUAAGGGCUCAAAGAUUAACAUCUCACAGGUUAUUGCUGUGGUGGGGCAGCAGAACGUGGAGGGUAAGAGAAUCCCGUUUGGCUUCAAACAUCGCACAUUGCCUCACUUCAUCAAGGAUGACUACGGUCCUGAGAGCAGAGGUUUUGUGGAGAACUCCUACCUGGCUGGCCUGACACCAACAGAAUUCUUCUUCCACGCCAUGGGAGGCAGAGAGGGUCUGAUUGAUACAGCUGUCAAGACAGCUGAGACUGGUUACAUCCAGCGCCGUCUGAUCAAGUCUAUGGAGUCUGUGAUGGUGAAGUAUGAUGGCACAGUGCGGAACUCCAUCAAUCAGGUGGUGCAGCUGCGAUACGGUGAGGACGGCCUGGCGGGAGAGAAUGUAGAGUUCCAAAAUCUGGCAACAGUGAAACCCUCGCACAAAGCCUUUGAAAAGAAGUUCAAGUUUGAUUGCACAAAUGAGCGAGCACUGAGGCGAACGCUGCAAGAAGACGUGGUGAAAGACGUAAUGACCAAUGCUCAUGUGCAGGGCACCUUGGAGAGGGAGUUUGAUAAGAUGAAGGAGGACAGGGAGAUCCUGCGAGCAAUUUUCCCUACUGGUGACAGUAAGGUGGUGCUGCCGUGCAACCUGGCCAGAAUGAUCUGGAACGCUCAGAAGAUCUUCCGAAUCAACCCUCGAACUCCGACAGACCUCCAUCCUCUCAGAGUGGUCGAGGGUGUUCACGACCUGAGUAAGAAGCUGGUGAUUGUGAAUGGCGACGACCCUCUGAGUAGACAGGCCCAGCAGAACGCCACCUUGCUCUUUAACAUCCACCUGCGCUCCACACUGUGCUCCAAGCGCAUGACCGAGGAGUUCCGGCUGUCCACAGAGGCUUUCGACUGGCUGCUGGGAGAGAUUGAGACCAAGUUCAACCAGUCUAUCGCUCACCCCGGUGAGAUGGUGGGUGCUCUGGCUGCUCAGUCUCUGGGAGAGCCAGCCACUCAGAUGACCCUGAACACUUUCCACUACGCCGGCGUGUCCGCCAAGAACGUAACACUCGGUGUGCCCCGUCUGAAGGAGUUGAUCAACAUUUCGAAGAGGCCAAAGACGCCUUCACUGACUGUUUUCCUGCUGGGUCAGGCGGCACGUGACGCAGAGAGGGCCAAAGAUAUCCUCUGUCGGCUGGAGCACACAACACUGAGAAAAGUGACGGCCAACACCGCCAUCUACUACGACCCCAACCCACAGAACACUGUGGUGGCCGAGGACCAGGAGUGGGUGAACGUCUACUACGAGAUGCCUGACUUCGAUGUGACGCGAAUUUCGCCGUGGCUCCUGCGCAUCGAGCUCGACCGGAAGCACAUGACAGAUCGCAAACUGACUAUGGAGCAGAUUGCAGAGAAGAUCAAUGCAGGUUUUGGAGAAGACCUCAACUGCAUCUUCAACGACGACAACGCUGAGAAGCUGGUGCUGCGAAUCAGAAUCAUGAACAGUGAUGAAAACAAGUUCCAGGAGGACGAGGAGGUGGUGGACAAGAUGGAUGACGACGUCUUCCUGAGGUGCAUCGAGUCCAACAUGCUGACGGACAUGACACUGCAGGGCAUCGAGCAGAUCAGCAAGGUGUACAUGCACUUGCCCCAGACUGACAAUAAGAAGAAGAUCAUCAUCACAGAGGACGGUGAGUUCAAAGCCCUGCAGGAAUGGAUCCUUGAGACGGAUGGAGUGAGUCUCAUGAGAGUGCUCAGCGAGAAAGAUGUCGAUCCCGUCAGGACCACCUCCAACGACAUUGUGGAGAUAUUCACGGUCUUGGGAAUUGAGGCUGUGCGAAAGGCUCUGGAGAGGGAGUUGUACCACGUCAUCUCCUUCGACGGUUCCUACGUCAACUACCGCCACUUGGCUCUGCUCUGUGACACCAUGACCUGCCGAGGUCACCUGAUGGCCAUCACCCGUCACGGCAUCAACCGCCAAGACACGGGACCGCUCAUGAAGUGUUCCUUCGAGGAGACGGUGGAUGUGUUGAUGGAGGCGUCAUCCCAUGGAGAGUGCGAUCCCAUGAAGGGUGUGUCGGAGAAUAUCAUGCUUGGUCAGCUAGCCCCAGCGGGGACGGGCUGCUUUGACCUACUGCUGGACGCUGAGAAGUGCAAAUACGGCAUGGAGAUUCCCACAAACAUACCCGGCAUCAGCGUGGCUGGACCCACGGGAAUGUUCUUCGGCACUGUGCCCAGUCCCAUGAGCGGCAUGUCCCCUGCUAUGACCCCAUGGAACACCGGAGCCACCCCAGCCUAUGGCGCUUGGUCUCCCAGUGUUGGCAGCGGCAUGACCCCUGGAGGAGCAGGGUUCUCCCCCAGUGCAGCAUCAGACGCAAGUGGCUUCUCUCCUGGUUACUCCCCUGCUUGGUCUCCUACUCCUGGCUCUCCAGGAUCUCCGGGACCUGCCAGCCCAUACAUCCCAUCUCCAGGUGGAGCCAUGUCACCAAACUACUCCCCCACCUCCCCAGCCUACGAGCCUCGUUCCCCAGGUGGCUACACCCCACAGAGCCCGGGCUACUCCCCUACCUCUCCGUCCUACUCCCCCACAUCUCCCUCUUACUCUCCCACCAGCCCCAACUACAGCCCGACAUCUCCUUCCUACUCGCCCACCUCGCCGAGUUACUCCCCAACUUCUCCUUCCUAUUCGCCCACGUCUCCUUCCUACUCUCCAACGUCUCCCUCCUACUCCCCCACCUCUCCAUCUUACUCCCCCACCUCCCCCUCCUACUCUCCCACUUCGCCUAGCUAUAGCCCGACGUCGCCGAGCUACAGCCCGACGUCGCCCAGCUAUUCACCCACCUCACCUUCUUACUCUCCCACCUCGCCUUCUUACUCCCCCACCUCUCCAUCCUAUUCUCCCACCUCCCCCUCAUACUCCCCCACGUCUCCUUCCUACUCGCCGACCAGCCCGAGCUACAGCCCCACAUCACCAAACUACACCCCCACCUCACCCAGUUACUCCCCUACCUCCCCAUCUUACUCCCCGACAUCGCCAUCUUACUCUCCGACUUCUCCCAACUACACCCCGACCAGCCCCAACUACUCACCCACUUCUCCCUCGUACUCACCCACCUCUCCGUCAUACUCGCCUUCCAGUCCACGCUACACCCCGCAGUCGCCCACUUACACGCCCAGCUCACCAUCAUACAGCCCCAGCUCGCCCUCUUACUCCCCCACCUCACCCAAAUAUACUCCGACCUCGCCUUCAUACAGCCCCAGCUCCCCGGAGUACACCCCCACCUCCCCCAAAUAUUCCCCCACCUCACCCAAGUACUCUCCAACAUCGCCGAAGUACUCUCCUACUUCUCCUACUUACUCUCCGACGACUCCAAAAUACAGCCCCACCUCUCCCACCUACUCCCCCACCUCCCCCACCUAUACCCCCACCAGCCCCAAAUACUCUCCUACAUCCCCCACUUACUCCCCAACUUCACCCAAAUACUCACCCACAUCUCCCACGUACUCGCCGACUAGUCCCAAAGGCUCGACAUACAGCCCCACCUCCCCUGGAUACAGCCCCACCUCCCCCACCUACAGCCCGGCCAUCAGCCCUGACGACAGCGACGAGGAGAACAACUGAUGAGCCGCGCAGGAGAAGGGGAGGCGGCUAAAAGAAGUAACAGAACGGGGAUGAAGCUCCAUCACCUCGUGGGAGACAACUAUACGGACAGCAUCUUUAAACAGCUGGAGGUGACGGAGCUUUUAGCCACUGGGGGGGUCCCAACUGUGAUCAUUUCCUGUGAGGAAAACUCAAGCUUGGGACCAUCCAAAGGAGCUGCCUCCCCCUCAUCUUUAACCCUUCCCCCCCCCCAAAAAAAGUUCAAAACUAUUAUGUGAAAGACUUGAACUGCUUUGCCUGAAGGAAAAAAAGGCUGCCUUUUUGAAAUAGUUUUUUAAUUUUCACUUGGGGUGUUGAAGCAAAACUGAGAAUCCCUCAAGAGGAUAAAAAGGAGAGGAAGAUGUGGUGAAUAUUUAAACUGUGGAGGGGGAAAUGAGUCUCUUUUUAACUUUAUAGUGUCCUGCAUCCAGUCUCUCUCUCUUGCUCUUAUUAAUUAAAUGUUUUUUUUGGUUCCUGGAACGCGUACAUAUUGCCAAAAGCCUUUUCCGAAAAGCUAAGCGGAUUGUAUUCAUCACCAAAAGCAUAAGCUGGAAGGAAAAUCGAGGAGGGUUAGCCUGCGCCUUUUUGUUUACUGCACAUUUCACCGAGGUGUAUCUUGUGAGACCCCCCCGCCCAUUUUUUUUCUCCUGCUUUUGUAAAAGAACACUUGCUGCCAGUUGUUUUGGGGGGCUCGAGUGCAAUUACAUUAAAACAUGUCGUCUCCAUUAACGCAUCCAUUACAGGAGAGAGAAACUGGCAUGCAGUUUAUACAAAAAAAAAGACGCUUCUCAUUCAGAGCAUCUUCGACUGCAUAAGCGUAUGUACCCAUCGCCCUCGCCCUCUUCCUCCUUCACACCCUAGAGCGCUGAAUGAUGUCAUAAACACCCACCAGCAUCCUAUUGUCCUCUGCUAUUUUGGAGACUUGUGCAUCAAAAGCAAAAAAAAAAAAAAGAAGAAGAAAACUUUUCCAAAUGAUCUUCCCCUGAUGCGGGAGAAUUUAAAGAUUUCUAUUAAAUAAAAUAGAAGGAUUGUGUCUUUACUUUUGAGUUCAGGAGGAAAUGGGGCAGCCGUGGAUGAGGGAUACUAGUUUGGCAUUGCUGCUUCUGUCACUGUUUGCAUGAGUAGCACAUGUUGAUACAUUUUGAUCAAGCUUUAGUUUGAGCAUUUUUUUUCCACAUCCAUCUGGCUUUUCACUAAUCAUUGUCCCAUCUCUGAUAGCUGAUGUGUACACAGGUUUAUUUGGACUAUUUAAGAAAGAAAGUUAACUACUAUUCUGUGUGAAUAGAGACAAAGUAAGACUUCUUUUUGGCUUUUCACUUGUUUGCUUUUGGUGAUUUUUGUAAACAUGUUUCCAGGAGGCUCAUGUUCACACACUGUGGAUGAAGAGGGCAGGGGGUGAAGGAGGAGUGCUUUAUUAUUAUUAUUUUUUUUUUACAUUUUUCUCCCACUCACGAUUUACUUUUCUGUUCACUCUCAGCUGUAUCGCAUUUCGCCCGAUGUCACCAGGUUGUGAUAGAGGAAAGGUUGAACUUACUUUUAUUUUGUCCUCGGUAAGAGUAACGAUUUUUUUUUUUUUUUUCUUUGAAA